AGGAAACAGUUCGCUCGAACACGUAGUCAGGUUUAACUAUAAGAACAAAAUUAUACAAUAUUAUACAUACGCUUCAUGCGAGAAGUAUUAUUAUGUGUACUUAAGUUGGAUCAUCCCUGGCCCAAUGGUGGAGGAGUCCAUCCUUCUCCGGAGGCGGUCCCUCUCCCUGGCUUCGGUCCACCCUCAGGCGAGUGGAAGAUGGUGGUGCUCCGCCAAGACUCGAGAACGAUUCCAUGCACACGUGCUAAGAGAAAGCGUGGGAUCCAGAGAGAACGAAAGAUAAAAAGGUCUCGCGCUAGCGAGCCAAGGCAACCCUUAAGAAAAUUUACGACGCUCUGUAAAUAAGCAGGAUGUCGAAGAGACUUCGACAGUUUCAAGAACCAACAUGAUUUUCGUUAAGAGUAACGAAUUAGAUACGGCCCGCAAUAAAUUAGUUUCUUCGGCCGGUAUUCACAGUCGCAACUUAUUUCUAAGCUGGGCUUAAGCACAUGCUUAAGACAUCGGCUAGAUUCACAGUCGCCGAAUAAGUAACGUCUUAAGCAUUAGCUUAAGCAUUUGUUUAGAAAAGUAAAUAUUUAUCGGUGUAGAUACUCAGUCGAUGCUCUUAUGAAUUCAUAGUCGAAUAAGUCCGCCUUAUUUGUAAAAAACGAGUUCUUAUUUGGCUUCAUUGAGGUUAUGUUUUUAAGUCGAUGAUAUUGGGGACUUCAGCACGCGUUUGAAGGUGUUAUUGUGCAGUGAUGGGACGGGAGGGAGUAGGUUAGAGUACACGAAUACGGUAAAAGAGAUUAAAAUUACCGAUCCCUCCUGCGAUGCAGCUGUUAAUUUGUUUGCGGUAUUAUGCUACUGCAAGUUUUCAACUUAUUCUGGGAAACACAAUGAAUGUUUCUCAGCCCACAGUCUCCCGCAUAGUAUUUAGGGUGAGUUCACUAAUAGGCAGUCUGAUGACGGACUAUAUCAAGUUUCCCAGGGAUUCGGACAAUUCCACUCAAAAUCGCAGGUUAUUCAAUCAUCUGGGACAGGGAAACGGAGCUAUUGGUUUACCAGGUGUGGAUGGCGCUAUUGAUUGCGCCCACAUUAGAUUAACAGCAUCCAGAUUCAACAACAUGGAAGAAAUGUACAGAAAUAGAAAAGGAUAUUUUUCAUUGAAUGUUCAGGUACGGGGUUUGACAACGAAAUUCUUAUGUUCCACAACAACGGUAGUUGUUCUUCUUGUAGAAGGAGAUGAAAUUGAAAACCAAAAUGAAGAUGGAGAAGAAUUAUUAGGAAACGUGGAAAAUGUUAAUGGCAUUGAUGGAUUUGCUACACGUGAAGCACUCAUUGCUUGUACGUUUCAUUGAGUAAUUGUAUCAAAUGAAAUGUAAUAAGGGGUUUUUUAUGCCUAUCGAGCCAAUAAAUAAUCAUUAUUCUUUCGGCUCAAA